ACACCAUAUCACUUGUUCUUUUUUCAUUUGAUUCUCUCUCCACAAUUAUUUCAUAUCCUUUUCAGUUAAUCUGAGCCUCUCUCUCUCCAUUGUUGGAAGUAGCCAAGAUUAGUUUGGGAGAAAAAAAAUGGAGAUAACUAAUGUGUCUGAAUAUGAGGCAAUUGCAAAGGAAAAGUUACCCAAGAUGGUUUAUGACUACUAUGCAUCAGGUGCAGAGGACCAGUGGACUCUCAAGGAGAAUCGAAAUGCAUUUUCUAGGAUUUUGUUUCGGCCCCGCAUUCUUAUUGAUGUUAGCAAGAUUGACAUGACCACUACUGUCUUGGGAUUCAAGAUUUCGAUGCCUAUCAUGAUUGCCCCAACUGCUAUGCAGAAAAUGGCUCACCCUGACGGAGAAUACGCAACAGCCCGAGCAGCUUCAGCUGCUGGAACAAUAAUGACACUAUCCUCAUGGGCUACUUCCAGUGUUGAGGAGGUCGCUUCAACGGGACCUGGCGUUCGCUUUUUCCAGCUCUAUGUAUACAAAGACAGGAAUGUGGUUGCACAGCUUGUGAGAAGAGCCGAAAGAGCUGGUUUCAAGGCGAUUGCCCUUACCGUGGACACUCCAAGACUUGGUCGCAGGGAAGCUGAUAUCAAGAACAGAUUUACUUUGCCACCAUUCCUGACUUUGAAAAACUUUGAGGGUUUGAACCUUGGCAAAAUGGAUAAGACCGAUGACUCCGGACUAGCUUCCUAUGUUUCUGGCCAAAUUGAUCGGACACUUAGCUGGAAAGACGUGAAGUGGCUUCAGACAAUCACAUCAUUGCCCAUUCUAGUUAAAGGUGUCCUUACUGCCGAGGAUGCAAGGUUAGCCGUAGAAUCUGGAGCAGCAGGCAUUAUUGUAUCCAAUCAUGGAGCUCGCCAGCUUGAUUAUGUACCUGCAACUAUCAUGGCCUUGGAAGAGGUGGUUAAAGCUGCCCAAGGCAGAGUUCCUGUUUUUCUCGAUGGAGGGGUUCGGCGUGGAACCGACGUCUUCAAGGCAUUGGCUCUGGGAGCAUCGGGAAUAUUUAUUGGAAGGCCGGUGGUGUUUUCGUUGGCUGCUGAAGGCGAAGCUGGUGUUAGGAAAGUGCUUGAGAUGCUACGUGAUGAAUUUGAGCUGACCAUGGCAUUAAGUGGUUGCCGCUCGCUGAAGGAGAUCACGCGCAACCACAUUGUGGCCGACUGGGACAAACCUCGUGUUGUGCCCAGGCUGUAACCCGGUUGGUGUGUUUCUAUGAAAUUGCGCAUUGCAAAUGGGAAAUAAGUUCUGAGAAUAAACUUUAAUUAUCACCUCAAACUCGGCGCUUCAUACAAGUGUAAGAAAUUAGCUCGUGCAAAAGGCGUUAAUUUUAUAAAUGUUUGCUCCUUUUUAUUCCUCCAAA